CCAUUGUUCCAUUCGCGGAAGGUUUCGAAUAGGUGAUUUAAUCCGCGGCUUAAAGUAAUAGAUUAAAAUUUUUUCCCUCGAAUUUUACAAAAACGUCGCACGAUUACAUCAACCACCAGAUAAGAUAUACCUGUACGUCGUAACGCUUGAUAAGCGCGAUUAAUAUUGGCAGAUAUUUGUUGUCCAAAUUCAAAGAUCACCCGCUGGUUGCGUGCGAUGUACUAGCGAUAUCCUCUUUGUCAUGGGUGGCAAAUCCAGCAAGAAGAGAGUCGAAGACGAUGAGAUACCUGUGGUCGACGCCACUGCGUCCGGCAGCGAGAUCGUCGAAAGUGAGGAUAAGUACGACGCCCAGGAAAUUAAAAAUAUGCUGAACGAGCUGAGGACCAGACCAGAAAGGUUCAUAUUGGAUAAUCUGUUAAUGUGUCUGGUUCUGUUCAGAAAUUUCGAAAAAGAUCUCUAUGACUUCUCCAACACCGUCGUGCCUAAAGAGGAGACCGACCUAAAUCUCGAACUGGAGAAGGAGGUGAAGUCUUGCAUACUGCCAGACACGCUCUUGGACAAGGUUCAGGAGAACGUCAGGUUUCUCAGCGAAGACGGCAAAAAAUACGAACGCCUGGCCCAUCAGACGGUCUACGUCGUCAACGAGAACAUAGAGGUGAAGGACAGAACUGACAAGACCUUUUACACAAACAUCGACGUGCCUGGCUGCGUCGUCGAAAUCGAGGAAGAAGAGGACGACUUGAUCUUCACGGACGGGAGGAAUCAGUCUUACGUGCGGAAGAAGAAAGAACCUAGAUAUGGUUUCCUGAAACUGCGAGUCAUAGAAAAUUCGUCCAAGAUGGACCGCGAGAACUUCGCGGAAAGGAGUCUCAGCGUCGAUUCCAAAACGGCCGAAAGUUCGGAGUCUUCCGAAGAACAGAGCGACGAAUACUCCACCAUAACGGCGUUCAAGACUCCCGUCAGCCUGCACAUAGUCCGGACGUCGGAGACGGAAAGGAGGGACACCUUGCCCGAUACCUGUUUCUCGAAGAGGAAGAGAUGGUUGACCCUCGCCAACGAGGAGGAGGAGGAGGAUUACGAUCAGGAAGACGACGAGGAAGACUUGGAGGACAGCGACGACUACGACGACGAGGAGGAGGAGGAGAACCAGAGGAGGAAUUCGGAGUUGUACGAGGACGUGACGUACCUGAGCUCGAAGGGUUUCAUGGAGUAUUUCCAGAACAACAUAUUUCCGAACGUGACCGGUAAGAUACUGGGGUUCAGCGAUAAAGCCUUAGAAACCGCCAAAGCGGUACCGGGUUCGAUACUCUGCGACAAGGAAGUACCGGAUGAAAAAAUACCAUUUCGCGUCGUACCGGCCGUGGCCAUAGAUUGGCCGAUGCAGGCCACAGAGUAUCUGUACAGGAAGGACAGACGGACGAUCAUAGACCAGAAAUACGGAGUGGUAUACAGAUGGCCCACUAGGGAAAUGGUACAGGAGCUCGUGACUCUCAAAUGCGUAGCUAUUCCAAAAGGAUUCGUCAUGAAGAAGGGCGAAAACGAAAAUAGCGACAUCGAAUGGGAGAUUCACUUUCCCAAAGCCACCAGAUACCUGGAGGUGAGGAUGACCCACCCUCAAGUACGUUGCUACGUCUUCCUAUUGGCCCUCUACAAAACGUACAUAGAAAAAGUGACCACGUUCCACGGUCUGCUCAUAGAACACAUACGCACCCACAUGUUCUGGGAAUGCGAGACCGACUCCAGGAACUGGCCGGAACACAGGAUGGGCCGCAAGUUGCUCAAGGUGAUAGAAGAUCUGAACGACGGACUGUCCAGGAGCAAGAUCCGCCACUAUUUCAUAAGAAAGAAGAAUUGUUUCGAGGACAUACCGAGCAAAUAUCUGCAGUUCGCGCAGAAGGCCUUCCACGACGUGCUCCAGUUUCCGGUCACGCAUUUCAUCAAGGCCUUGAAGAACCUCAAGUACGCCCAUUCAGAUUUUUACCCGACGCCCGAUCUGAAUAGGCUGCAACAGAUCCUGGCCGACGAGCACAAGAUGAGGACGCCCCAGAGGCAGAGAUCCAGGAAGGAGACGAAGAAGAACAGGAAGUCUGUGCUUCCUGUAGGAACGGUAAGAGGCACGGGUAAGGUAAAGAUCAAAGAUAAGAAGCUGAAGGAAAAACGAGAGAAAAAGAACAGGAGGGCUGUACUGGAUCAGCAGAAACAGAAAAAGGAGGAAGAAGAAAAAGCGAAGACUACCAAAGUAGAGGAGAACUUAAAAGUAUCAUAUUCAAACAUGAGCGUCAUGACCCAAGUUAGCGUCCUCCACUUCUUCAUCAAUCACUUCGUAGAAGUGGCGAAGAUAAGCAGAAAGAUAGGGCCGAAGAGCCAAACGAUCCUUUACCUGAAACAGGCGUGGUACAACACGAAAGUUCUCGAAGCCAUAACGUAUUCCUGCGAAGACACGCAAAAUAUUUUGAAGGUAAUUGAAAAAGAAAGGGAGUUCCUGGAAAGGGACAGCAGCCAAGACAUCCAGAUGAUAGCGCCACCUACCCCUAUGAGGAAUCCAGAACAAAAUUCUUUCGACUUCAUGGAAGGCAACGUGCAUCUGAGACUCAAACCGUCCUUCAAGAGGAACGUUUCGAAUGAAGGUGGCGUCAUGAGGAACAGACGGGUGCUUAAAAGACACAAAAGUGUGGGUUUCGACGAUUCUGUGAAGGAAGAUUGAACGAUAACUUUAACAAAAGUUCUGAUUAAAGUUAAAGAUUUUGGUCAUCCCUUCAAAGAGGUUGCCAUCAUUGAACUCUAUGGGCUUUUGCGACGUUGUCGCAUCGACCGUCAUUUCCUACGAGGCGGAGUGAAAUAAUUAGAAUAAAUUAUUAUUUUUAAUAAAAAAAUUUUCCCAUA